CAUUGAAGUUCCACUUACUGAGGGCACAUUUGGAAGACACACUACAGACAUGUACAGCCCCAAAGAGUUAGAGGGAGAAGUUGACCACUCGUUCUUUGACAGUGACUGUGAAGCUAAUGGACUUAAUGCUUCUGAGAAUGGGCGGCUCAAUAAACAGAAGGCCUCAGAACGACAUGAUGAGAGAACAGGAAAAGAGACCCAUGUUUCAAUGGAUCAGAUAGGGAGUGAAGUUCAAAGUGGGAGGAACAGUAAAGAUAAAGCCAGAUUGGAGAAUGGUUCAAACCAGCAGGGCAGACUGGGACGGAGUAAAGAGACAGAAAAUGAAAGAGAGCAACAAAGUAGUGAUGUACUUCUCAAAGGCUCCUCAACACUCCCAAGUGCCACGAGCACAGGGACUAUGAACAACAGCCGAUCUAGUGUGCAUUCAUACUCGUCUGAUGAGGAAAGAGAGCUGGAUGAGAAGCAUGCUGUUUUUAAACCCAGGAAAUCCAAUGGUAAUGCUAACCGUGAUGAUGAUGAUGGAUAUCAUCGUAGUGACGAUGAAAGUGAGGACGAUGUGAGAUCAACAAAACAUAAGAGAUUGUCCCAUGGAACACCUAAAAAAUCUGCUGGUAAAUUCCACAAGCUGAGCCGCAGCCUCUCGUCAUCAUCCGACCCGGAGUCCUCACACAGCAGUGACGAGAAAAGCUCAAUUCGCUCGCAGAAACAUCAUCGGGUAGGUUCAGCUAACCAGAAAGAGCGACACAAAGAAGUGGCAGAAUCUGAUGACACAGUCACUGAUGUUACCCCUCUCUCGACACCAAAUGUUAGUCCUUCCCAGUCCAUUGAUGUUGUUCUGCCCUCUGAACACUUGGCAGCAGAUGCUCAACAACAGCAGCCCAGAGUUGCUGAGGAGAUGGUUGUGAAUGAUGAUUCGGACGGUCAGGGCAGUAUAAGUUCUGAAGGAGAGAACGGAUCAGUGUUUUUAAAAGCAGAGAAACAAUUUGACAGAGUACUUGUGGUCUCCAGCUCUGGCAGUGUUGGCAGCAUUCGUAAGAACUAUUCCUUCUCAAAUGAAGAGGUACGAGAGAUCGACCGGGAGAAUCAGCGGCUCUUACGUGAACUAUCCCAUUCCACUGCUAGUUCGCGCAGCGGCAGCUCCGCGUGCUCCAAAACCAGCAGUCGGAGGAGCAGUGCACCAGCUAUACGCCUUUACCACAGCACCCUCAACAGACAACGAGAGCAAGAGCGAAUCCAGAGGGAAAACCUGGCAUUCCUGAAGCGUCUAGAAUCUGUGAAGCCCACUCCUGGUAUGACCCGAGAUGGGCAGCUAGCUGAUUAUCAACAGCAGUGCCGAUACAUGGGAACAAGCGUUACAGCUCUUCCACCGGUCAAACUCAAGUCCACCAAGACAUCUGGGAAGACUUCUAGACCUGUCAGUAGUCCUCACAAAGCUAGACCGGGAACCGCUAAACUCAACAGGGCAUCACCACGGCCAGCAUGGUCCUCCUGAUCCUCAAAAUCCCUUUCACUUACAUGCUCUGCUCUAACUGUAAGUACAAGAUAUGACUGUAGGUCACAACAUGAAACAUUCUUGACGAACUGCUUGAGCUCACAUUUAUUUGUCUGGAUAUGGAGUGAUAUAAAAAUGAAAUAUUUGUCAGAUAAUAUACACAGCUAAAUGUUUAAUGACAUUAUUUGAAAAUGUGUGGCUUAUUUACAUUUUAGAUUUUGUUGGAGACAAUAUAAACUGUUUGGGAACAAUAAAGUGUGACAUUGCAUUUUCUGAGA